UCCAAGAGGUAGAUAUCUCCACCCGAAGCCUCCGACUCCGCUCGCCGCGCCGCCGGCCAAGUGGGUCGAUCAGAGCAGAUGGGGACGUCGGUGCAGGUGACGCCGCUGAGCGGGGCCUACGGAGAGGGCCCCCUGUGCUACCUCCUCGCCGUCGACGGCUUCCGCUUCCUCCUCGACUGCGGCUGGACCGACCUCUGCGACCCCUCCCAGCUCCAACCCCUCGCCAAGGUUGCAUCAACAAUAGAUGCGGUUCUUUUGUCACAUCCUGAUAUCAUGCAUCUAGGAGCUUUGCCCUAUGCUAUGAAACAUCUUGGACUCUCUGCACCAGUAUAUGCGACAGAACCUGUGUUUAGACUUGGCCUUUUGACCAUGUAUGAUCAUUUUCUAUCUCGAUGGCAAAUCUCAGACUUUGAUUUGUUUACUUUGGAUGAUGUUGAUGCUGCAUUCCAAAAUGUUGUGAGAUUAAAAUACUCACAAAAUUACCUUCUGAAUGAUAAAGGAGAAGGAAUAGUUAUUGCUCCACACGUGGCUGGGCAUCUUUUGGGGGGCACAGUAUGGAAGAUAACAAAAGAUGGGGAGGAUGUUGUGUAUGCUGUUGACUUCAACCAUCGGAAAGAGAGGCAUUUGAAUGGUACCGUUCUUGGAUCUUUUGUGCGGCCAGCCGUUCUGAUAACUGAUGCUUACAAUGCUUUGAACAAUCAGGGCUACAAAAGGCAGCAGGAUCAAGAUUUCAUUGAUUCAUUAGUUAAAGUUCUAGCAGGUGGUGGAAGUGUGUUACUUCCUGUUGAUACGGCUGGUAGAGUGUUGGAACUUCUUUUGAUAUUGGACAAGUACUGGGAUCAACGGCGUUUGGUGUACCCUAUCUACUUUCUGACAAAUGUUUCUACAAGUACUGUCGACUAUGUCAAGAGUUUUCUUGAAUGGAUGGGCGAUCAGAUUUCAAAAUCUUUUGAAUACAAUAGAGACAAUGCCUUCUUGUUAAAAAAGAUCACACUGAUAAUUAACAAAGAAGAGCUUGAGAAAUUGGGAGAUGCUCCAAAGGUGGUUCUGGCAUCCAUGGCAAGUUUGGAGGUUGGCUUUUCUCAUGACAUAUUUGUUGACAUGGCAAAUGAAGCGAGGAAUCUAGUGCUCUUUACUGAGAAGGGACAGUUUGGGACACUUGCUCGCAUGCUUCAAGUGGACCCACCGCCUAAAGCUGUAAAGGUCACUAUGAGCAAGCGAAUUCCUUUGGUGGGUGAUGAGCUAAAAGCUUAUGAAGAGGAACAGGAACGGAUAAAAAAGGAAGAAGCGCUAAAGGCUAGCCUUGUCAAAGAAGAGGAACUGAAGGCUUCUCAUGGAUCGAAUGCAAAGGCUUCUGAUCCAAUGGUCAUUGAUUCAAGCUCAUCUCGUAAAUCGUCCAAUGCUGGUUCACAUUUUGGUGGGAACAUUGAUAUUCUCAUUGAUGGAUUUGUCCCUCCAUCAACCAGUGUUGCUCCAAUGUUUCCCUUCUUUGAAAAUACUGCUGAAUGGGAUGACUUCGGUGAGGUCAUUAAUCCUGAUGAUUAUAUGAUGAAACAAGAAGAAAUGGAUAAUACUCUGAUGCUUGGUCCUGGAGAUGGUUUAGAUGGUAAGAUUGAUGAGGGCUCAGCGCGCCUGCUCCUUGAUUCAUCACCCUCAAAAGUUAUUUCCAAUGAGAUGACUGUUCAAGUGAAAUGCUCGUUGGUUUAUAUGGACUUUGAAGGUCGCUCUGAUGGGCGUUCCGUAAAAUCAGUUAUUGCUCAUGUGGCUCCACUGAAACUUGUUCUGGUGCAUGGAUCAGCGGAAGCUACUGAACAUUUGAAAAUGCAUUGUGCGAAGAAUUCAGACUUGCAUGUGUAUGCUCCUCAGAUUGAGGAAACAAUUGAUGUAACAUCAGAUUUAUGUGCUUAUAAGGUACAACUUUCGGAGAAGUUAAUGAGUAACAUCAUUUCUAAGAAGUUGGGUGAGCAUGAAAUUGCUUGGGUAGAUGCAGAAAUUGGAAAAGAAGAUGAGAAGCUUAUUUUGCUUCCCCCGUCGUCAAUACAACCACCCCACAAGUCAGUUCUUGUUGGCGAUCUAAAAUUGGCUGAUUUUAAACAAUUCCUGGCAGAUAAAGGUUUGCAGGUUGAAUUUGCUGGUGGUGCUUUACGGUGUGGCGAAAACAUCACGGUGCGCAAGAUUGGUGAUUCUAGCCAAAAGGGCGGCACGGGUUGUCAGCAGAUCGUCAUCGAGGGGCCGCUAUGCGAGGACUAUUACAAGAUCCGCGAGCUUCUUUAUUCCCAGUUCUACUUGCUGUGAGGUCAACCAACGGGCGGUGGUGCAAUGCAAAUGCAAUCGUGUUGUACAACUGAUGAGUUGAUAAACUCAUCUAGGGAAUGCUGUGCGGAUCCGAGAGCAUCUUAUAGAAGCGCAAGCGCUGAUGAGAAUAUACUGUUAAUGCCUUGGGCUCCCGUUGAUUGUAGAUUAGACACAAGAAGAUGAUCAGUUGUUUAUGUGGCAAUGCAUUCGGUGUGAGAAUACACCAAUCUUUGUGGCGUAUUA